CUAAGAAUCCCAGGCCCAAGCCCACGCUCAAGCCCAGGUCGCGUCAGUUACUUUAGUUCCUUCGCCGCUACGUCCCCUGACCCUGAGACUAGGAAACAGCGAGACUGAAGCAGUAACAGCAUAAGCAGUAUGGAGAAGAAGCUAUCCAGAGUUGCGAAUACCUUCACUCCAUCCCCAAUUCAAGAGCUUUCCCACUUAGCUCAGCGAUGCAACGCAAUCAACCUCGCCGAAGGCUUCCCGGACUUCCCCGCCGCUCCCGCCAUCAAGUCCGCCGCCGUUUCCGCCAUCAAUUCUGACUUCAACCAGUACAGGCACGUGCAAGGAAUUUGUGAGCUAUUGGCUAGAAAUGCGAAAGAAAUGUAUGGAUUGGAGGUCGACCCUGAUACCGAUAUAGCCAUUUGCUGCGGCCAAACUGAGGCUUUUGCAGCAGCAAUGUUUGCCAUAAUAGACCCUGGAGAUGAGGUUGUGCUGUUUGAUCCUUGUUACGAAACCUAUGAGGGUUGCAUUCAGUUGGCAGGGGGGAUUCCUGUAUAUGUUGCGCUUGAGCCACCUCAUUGGACUUUGGAUGCUGAGAAAUUCAUGAGUUCGUUCACUGGCAGAACAAAAGCGGUGAUCUUGAACAGGUUUAUUCAUUGCGUCGUCUUCUUUUGGAAUGUUGUAUUUAUGAACUUACUGACUGUGGAGUGGCACAGUCCUCAGAAUCCGACUGGGAAAGUUUUCACCUGGAAUGAGCUUGAGAUUAUAGCUGAAGCUUGCCGCAGCAGAGAUUGCCUUGCUGUGACAGAUGAAGUAUAUGAGCAUAUCACAUAUGAUAAUGUAAAACACGUAACUCUCUCCUUGCUGCCAGGAAUGCAGCAACGGACCAUCAUCACAUCUUCAGUAUCAAAGACUUUUGGCGUCACAGGAUGGAGAAUCGGCUGGGCAAUCGCUAAUCCGAUUUUGGCCUCUGCUAUAAGAAAUAUUCAUGUCAAACUUACAGAUUCAGCUCCAGCACCUUUCCAGGAAGCUGCAUUAACUGCUCUGAGUAGUGGCCCAGAUUACUUUGAAUCACUCAGGAGAGACUAUGAAUCAAAAAGAGAUUACAGCAUCCAGUUGCUGACCGGGAUAGGUUUUCAGAUUCGUUUUAAACCUCAGGGAUCAUUCUUCCUAUUUGCAGAACUUCCAGAAUCGUCCCCUCUUUCAGAUGUGGGUGCCUCUCUUGCUCUCACUGAUCCAAAGACUAAAGUUGCUUUCUUGACCUUGAUAAUCCCUUGCCUUCUCGUGCUUAUGGUUCAGGUGGAAUAUGUUAAGCAUCUAAUAGAACAAGCCGGUGUGGUGGCUGUCCCGGGUCGCGGGUUCUUCCACUUCAAUUCGGUAUCUUCAGAAUCAGAGGAAUCACUAUCUGCUUGUCAUGAUUAUCAGAAGAGAUACAUUAGGUUCGCUUUCUGCAAAAGCAGCGCCACAUUGGAAGCAGCAGCGCAAGGACUUAGUGUGCUCGUGGACACGAAAGGCUGUUUGAAUCUGCCUCCUCCUAGUAAGACUGACACAUAGAUAGAUUGGCAUAAUGGUGCCAUCAUCUAUCAUAUGGAAUGAUGAUGUGUUCUUCUCAUCCAAUUUGGCUAAGGUGCUGAUAGUAUUGGCGUAUGCAUAAGUUGGUAUCAUUCAAUCGCCCAACCAAGAUUCUAUCCAAUCAUUUGAAGAUUCUAUCCAGAUUCCUUCUCAACAGUACUUAAUUAUUUAUCUCGCAAUUAUUCUGUCAGCCAUCAACUGCCAGUGACUUGUUAAGCAAAGCUGGCAAAUCUGACUUGCAUUGUUGUGCCCUUGAUUGAGUCAAUCUCAAACAGAGCAAUUUAAUAUCUUAAUCAGGGUAUUGAAACG